UCAACUUUUGAGGUAGCAAAUUAAAGUGAAAACAUUUUAAUUUAUUAAUGAAUUUAAGUGAAAAACAGGCAAAAUGGAGCGUAAAGAAGUGGACACCCAACAGUUCAUCGAUCAUACGCUGCUGGCCACAGAGCUUAUGCGAGAUCCAAAUCACUUUAUAAUGGAUCUGAUAGAUCACACCUACAAAUCUGAGGGACCCACGAAUCUAAGCACAAAUCCCAGUUCCGGCAACUCCGAGAACGGCGUGGGCUACGUGGAAAAGGAGUCGCUGACCCCGGAGCUGAACUUCCACAAUACCAUCUUUCAAUUUGUAAACAAAUCCUCGCCGGAAAACGAUGUUGUACCCCACCAGCCAGAUGCUCAAGCCACUUUUCCGGCCAUGGCCAUUGAGCCCACGGUUCCCAUCGACGUUUCCACGGGUCUGCACGAGGACGAGGAUCUUCUGUAUGCCCACAACAACGCCUCCUGCACGAAUGCCCGAAAGGUUUUGCCCCACAAGAAACGCAUUUCUCGAAAACUCAAGGGCAACAUAGACGCUGAUCUCGAGCAGCAUAAGCAUGUCCAGGACGUGGCCCCCGCCUCGCUUUACAGCUGCGAAAUCUGCGGCUACGCCGUUCACACCCAACUGGACUUCUUCGCCCAUCUCAAGCAGCACUACGAACCCACCGUUCUGGAGCAACGUACGGUAGUCCAAGAUACCCAGCAACAGCAGCAGCAGAAAGAACCACUCGACAUGUGUGGGCUGUCUACCCAGGAUAGGCUGCAACAGGAACAAGCCAAACUCGACCAAGUCUUUCACGAUGUGCAGCUGAACUUCGAGAACUUUCACAACAUCGGUCACCAUGUGGGCGAUGUGGCCAACGUCGGGGUCAACAUGGUGCUGCAUGGGCAAUCUACGGAUAAGCUUAAUCCCGUGGUGGUCAACACCAAUAGCACACCGAAUUCUGUGCCCGUGGUGGACGACGUGGAGUUCAGUGAUACGGAGGAUAUGCUCGAGGGCAUCCGCAAUGUGGUGGACAAGGUUUCGAUUGAAGACACCUGCGAUGAGCUGGUGGAUCUUGAACUGACCUCCAGCGGAAUGACGGCUCCUUGGUUCAACAAUAACUUCAGGGACAUCACCUUUCCGGCUCUCCUCCUGCCAGGAGAACCUCCGCCAGCUUCUGCAGAACAGGCUGCUCCACUGCUCAAAGAGAAUCCCCAUGAGACCGAGCACAUAGCUUUGGAUUUCCUCAGUCCCGAAAAGGGGGAACCUCAAGAUGAAGUUAAAAUGAAGAAAUCCCUAUCUAAGGUCAGCGAAGCCAAUGGGCAAACCUUGUUGGUUGUACCACCAGCCUGCCAGACGCCACCUCCUCCAUCUGUUCCUCCACCCAAUUCUUCGAUAGAGCAACUGCAGAGAUCUCCUCUCGUGCUUAAUGAGCCCUUUAAAUUGGAGGGAGAUGAUAUGACAGACAGCAGACCAGCUUCACCCUUUGAAGAGGAGGAUCCUGAUGCCGAAGAGAACAAUGAGAGCUUUCCGAUGGAGGACUUGGAUGCGAAUCUAUCCGAGGAGACGGACAGCAAGACGAGGAGAAAACACUUUUGCGAUAAGUGCAACCGGGACUUUAACUCGUACAAUGCCCUGAAGUACCACCAGUACACGCACAACCAGCAGAGAUCCCACAAAUGCGACAGCUGCGAGAGAUCCUUCUACACACAGAGUGCCCUGAAGGCCCACGAAAGGACACAUUCCGGGGUAAAACCCUUUAAGUGCGAUAAGUGCGACUUUAGGUUCCGGCAAUGGGGCGACCUGAAGUACCACAUCAUCUCGCGGCACAGCGACAUCAAGGCGCACAUGUGCGAGUUCUGCGGAAAGAGCUUUUCCCGGCGCUAUUCCCUUGUCUUGCACCGCAGGAUCCACACCAGGGAAAGGAACUACGCUUGCCAGUUUUGUGACAAAACGUUUAGAGCAAGCUCCUACCUGCUCAGCCACGUCAAAGUGCACACCGGAGAACGGCCGUAUGAGUGUUCGAUAUGCGAAAAGAAGUUCCGGGUGUCAGGGGAUCUCAAGCGACAUUCGCGGAUCCACGAUCCGGGCAGAGCUAACCAACCACCUGUGGAAAAGGUGAAAAAGAAGAGGGCAGUGGCUAGCAAUAAACUAAUGCCAAUCGAAGAGGAUGACGAUGUGGCCACCAACAUUCAAAACAAUAAGUCUGACGCCUUGAGCGACCAAACUGGGCAGAAAACUCUGGGCCUAUAGCUAUGCUGUGCCAAGGUUUCUUCAGAAUAGGAUUAUAUAUCUAUCGUACGCAUUUUGUACAAGUUAAGUUUAGAAAUAGGAACUUUGAGUUGAUUUAGGAACGAGCAUCAAGUCUUACCGAAUUCUGUUUCACAAUGAACUCCUUAAUAAAUCUGUAAAUUAUUAAAGAUACAGCACUCAUUGCCCUUACGCGACAUAAGAUUCCACUGUGAUAUCUGCAAAGUGAAAAUAAAAUCCAAGCAUUUCUAUUGCA